AUCAAGACUGGACGUCGGCGCUUUUCGAGAAUAAGUACAAUGUAAGCAAACUGUUUGGCCCUAUAAUGAAAUCACCUACAAAGUAGCACUGAUUCUUAUAUCCUCCCAGGAACAGAGUAUCGUUUUAGCCUACUAGAAACGUCUAGAAGCCCUAGCAAACCCAGCAUCAACCCAUUUAUGUUAGUAUUUAUAGAGAAACCUCACAAGCGUAACAGAUGUAGCAACAGAUGUAGCAACAGAUGUAGCAACAAACAACAGUCAGACUUUCUCCUCUGCUUCUCUCUUCUCUCACCGUCUCGAUCGCAUCAUAACAGGACGAGUUUGCCAAUGCCACACACCGUCGAAGAAAACAUCCUCACCGCACCUGACGGCCGUUUCCAUCAAGUAAUGCUUCCCCGCACGCAACUCCGGCCGACUAUCGUGACAUGCAAUCUUAGAGUCAUAGGCGGCCAUCUAGAAGCCCUCGCUCACCAACGCUCGCACACGUGCCAUAACGCUCUGCGCCCAGUGCGGCGUGGCCACGUCGGCUGCGUACCUAAUGGGAACCAUCGUGAGAUUUCUAGGCCGGGGCUCCGCGUGGUACGGCAGCGUGUCGGUCCACUCCGGCGCGCCGCCAAUACUCACGAUGCCCGCUGGGGGUCUGACGCCUUCGCGCCGGGCGGUCUCGUGCUGGACGCAGUUGUGGGCGCGAGGCCUGGCGGCGGUGCAACGCUGACUGAUGGCGGGCAUCGUGAAGAUGGGCGCUGGGGCAAGGUUCUGCGCAGUCAGUCGGGGGGGUGGCACGGUUGCUGUUACGUAGGGUGAGGCCACGGGAUGGGUGCCACGCGCGUUCUGGCGUUCAGGAACCGCCGCCGAUCUGCAGGCCCGCUUGGUUGGAGGCGGGGCGGUCGGAGUGCCUGUGUGUGGUUUGGCCUGCAU